UUGUUGCCAUGUACCAAUUAUAGACGAAUAUCUUAAAUAUGGAAAAAGUGCACUACUGGAAUAUUAUUCAGGAUAUGGAGAGAAAGAAGUAAAAUAAUGUCAGAAAAUUAAAUUAUGGAAAUUUAUCUUUUUUUCAAAUGAAUUCCUAGUUUUAUAUCAAUAAUGUAAGUGUACAACAAAGGGAGUUAACUAAGUUAUGACUUCAUCAGAAUUUCUAGAUUUUUAUGAUGGAAAAGUGAUUUGAAAAUAAACUUUAGAAUACUUUCAUGUGACAUAAAAACUUCUUCACGUAAGGUAAUAAAGUACUUUUAACUAAGAAUAAAGUACUUUUUAACUGGAAUGAGGAAUAAAGUACUUUUUAAUUGGAAUGAGGAAAGCUAAAGUUUUCUGUAAAAAUAAUAGACAAUAAUUCUGUGAUGUAACUGAUUUGGAAAAAUUACUUUAUGCCUAUAUAAAAACAGAAAGAUGGCAAUGUCAACAUUGAAGAGCUCGGGAUACAGGACUUGGUCAACCAGAGCAUUCCCUAUCCCUGACAAACCUAACAAUGACCUAUUCUACGCAUUACAUGACAGAUCACAUGGAACCACAAGGUCACGAGGCACUGCUAAGUCACUGAGUACCAAAAGGUCACAAAGUACACAUUUACGUCUGCAUCUAGUGACCAAUUCUCAAGGCCUUGUCCAGCUGGAUCUUUCCAACACUGAUCUUCAAAUUAUGCCGAUUGAAAUAUUUCUGUUUUCUAGACUGGAAGUAUUGAAACUGUCACAAAACUAUUUUCGUGAAAUUCCUCUGGCGAUUUCAAGGUUAAGGAGCUUGAAGUUCUUGUACCUGGAGGAAAACAGUCUCAGCUUUUUACCAGAAACCUUAAGUAACUGUAUAAACUUGUUAGAAAUAAAUCUAACAAAAAACAAACUCGCAGCCUUGCCAACAAACAUAGGGAUGUUGAAGAACCUACGUGUACUAAGACUAGGUCAGAAUGAGUUUGAAUGUUUACCGCAUGAAAUUGGACAGCUUGAAAACUUGAGAUAUUUAGAUGUUCAAGGAAACAGCCUCUGGUACCUACCAUUUUCAAUUGCAAAGAUGCAUAAACUGAAGUACCUGAACCUUUCAAACAACAAGUUCGAGCACCUGCCGUUACCCGUGUGCAAGAUAACGUCUCUUAAAACCCUGACCUUGCGAGGGAACAACCUUAUGAACCUCUUACCGGACUUUGAUUGCUUACAACAACUACAGGAGUUAAACUUGGCACACAACAACUUUGAGAUCAUCCCUCAAUCUAUUUUUAGACUAAAAUCCCUUAGUUACCUAAAUCUGAAUGGAAACAUGUUGGAAACUGUCCCUAAUGCACUGACAACUUUGAAAACUUUGAAAGUUCUUCACUUACACGACAACAACAUCCAUUUUAUUCCGGAUACCUUCCCAAAUUUGCAGUACCUUAACAUAGCAAACAAUAAACUCUACAAUUUCUCUGUGGUAAACAUGAAGCAUCUGAAGCUUCUCAAUGCCAACAACAACUAUCUUGAGAACAUCCCCAUGGGUCUGUAUUCCCUUACAAAAAUACAAAGUGUUCGUCUCAACACUAACCAAAUUCGCUACAUUUCCACAGACAUCGCCAACCUCAAAAAGUUACGCACUUUGGAUAUUGGCAAUAACAUGUUAGUGAACAUUCCUCAAGUCAUGCAACAGCUGGACAGACUGGACUACUUUAAUGUCAAAGGUAACAAAAUAAAAGACAGGAUCGCUCUGCAUAAUGGUGAAAUCGCUGCACCAAUAGACUACUACAAAAAACGCAGAAUGUUCGAAGCAAAAAGACAAACUAUGGACUCCGGAAGACGAUACAAGACUAGGAAAAGUCAAAGAUCAAGGUCUGGAAAUUAUGAAAACAGAACAGAGUCAAGGGCAUCUACACUACCAACAACUCAAAACAACUCGCACAAAAUGUGGGAUUCCGCAGAUCUUUUACAGAAUGGUUUCACUGAGCGCCACUUGGAGACAAACUUGAGUUCUGCAUACUUGAAUCGUAAACUUCCUGCCAGCAGCGAUCAAAGUCGAGGUAACCAUGACAACAGUUUUACAGAAAACAGUUUCAGGUCAUCCGGACAUAUCACAGCUCAUGAGGCAGCCCUGAUGACAGACAGUGAUGAUGUUUCAACAAGUGUACCAGCAACAGACUACAAGUUACUAGGAGUAUGUAACCAGGUAGAAAUGCUCCUCAACAAACAGCUACUACACCCUGUUCUCUCCUUGAAAGGUCAUGAUAUGGGUAAAAGCUUCUCGGAGAAAGCAAUAGUGAAGACAGCAAGUGGUUUAUGGAGAAUGAGCGAAGAAAGGAACGAGAACGCUCCACCUGGUCUGGUUGUCAUGACAACUGAGACAUUUACAGUAACGCCUCAAGGUGGUUGGCUGACAUCGUCACAUGACAACAAUAUUAGCAUCUUCCUGCCUCCAAAAGCUGUUUCAACCCUCAUUCAGACACAGAUGAAGAUUUUGAAGAUUAAAGCAGAGAAGUUGCUUCAACUGCGACAAAGUAACAGAAUGGUCAGUAACAUCAUAGCAAUAGGUCCUAUCGUCUACCUGAAAAACCUGGACAGUGGUGACUUCAACCAUCAGGUCACAAUAACAAUACCAUCGCCAAAGAGUGAAACACGUGGCCACCUACAUUUACUGACAAUCAAGGAUGAUAACUCUUGUGUACCAUGUACUAGUGGAUUCCAACACAAGAAUGGUUACGUAGUUCUCCGAGCUUGGAACCUAGCUGGAAAAGCUGCAGUGAUAACAAGAGCCAAGUGUAAAUAUAAAGCCUGCAAAUCUAUGGAGAACCUCCUUAACGAACUUACUGCCACAAGUUGACAAUAUUAAAGACUUGAGAACCAGAUAGUUCUACAUUCCCCAGAAAGUACCAGUUACAUGUGGAAAAAGUGCUCUCUUUGUGUUGAACAUGUAACAUAUUCUGUUUGUGUUCAAAGAUUUAGUCUUCUCAAUUUUUUGGAAUUUCUUCCCUGGUUCCCACCAAAUCGUGAGCCUACCUAGUGGAAAGGAACAAGAAUAUAACUUCCUAUUGAAGCCAUCAUUGAUCACACAACUUUUCUGUCUAUAUAAGGCUUCAUUAAAAUAAGUCUACAUAUGUUCCAAAUAUUCCCAAACACUGUUCUGAUUCACUCAUGUUUGUGCAGGGUACUUGGAAUUCUCAAUGGAAUAUAUUGAACAUGUGCAGUGUCAUCCUGAUGAAUGUUCUAGUUAGAACAACUUUUAACUAUUUCAGUUCAUGAGAAAGGGCAUUAACUUAUCAAGAUACAGUUUCUGUUUCAUUGAUUAAGAAUCUAUUACAAAAUUAUUCAUCUGAAAUUCGUAUGUCUAAGACCUGUGUGCCUACGAGAUUCAAAAUUUCAGAAAGAACCAAAAAUUCUAGAA